AUGGAGAAGGUCACAAGAAGAAGAACUAUCUCUUUCUCCUUCUCCUUUUCCUCUUUCUUCAUCUUCUUCUUCUUUCUAAUCUCUUCAAACUUGCUCUUUCUCGCCGGAAAAGCUGCAGCAAAAUUUUCUCACGAAGGUGACAAUAGUAAUAAUGUGACGGCUUUGUUCAUCUUCGGAGACUCUUUCUUGGAUGCAGGAAACAAUAAUUACAUAAAUACCUCUACACUUGACCAAGCCAAUUUUCCACCUUAUGGUCAAACAUUCUUUGGCCUCCCCACCGGAAGAUUCUCUGAUGGUCGUCUCAUCUCCGAUUUCAUCGCGGAAUAUGCGAAUCUGCCGUUAAUUCCGCCGUUUUUGGAACCUGGACAUAGUCAAAAGAAGCUUUACGGCGUCAACUUUGCUUCUGCUGGAGCUGGUGCUCUUGUAGAAACCUUCCAAGGUUCGGUUAUAAGUUUGAGAACACAAUUGGAUCACUACAAGAAAGUGGAAAAAUUGUGGAGGAGAAAAUUUGGUAAAGAAGAAAGCAAGAAGAGAAUCUCAAGAGCUGUCUAUUUGAUAGGCAUUGGGAGUAAUGACUACUUGAGCCCUUUCUUGACCAAUCAAUCUCUUUCCAUUCCAAUGUCCCAACAUGUUGACAUUGUCAUUGGUAAUUUGACUGCAUUCCUUCACGAAAUAUACAAAAUUGGAGGAAGGAAAUUCGGGUUCUUGAAUGUACCGGAUUUGGGUUGUUUUCCGGCUUUACGAGUACUACAACCAAAUAAGGAGUCUUGUUUAAGGGAUGCUUCAAGAUUAGCAGAAAUGCAUAACAAAGCUCUUUCGAGUCUCUUGUUUAAGAUACAAAGACAAGUCAAGGGUUUCAAAUUCUCCCUCUUUGACAUGAACAAAAGCCUUAGACUCAGAAUGCAUCAUCCUUCAAAGUUUGGGUUUAAAGAAGGGGAAGAAGCAUGUUGUGGAACAGGGAAGUGGAGAGGAGUGUUCAGCUGUGGAGGGAAAAGAAUUGUGAAGGAAUACAAAUUAUGCAAGAACCCUAAUGAUUACAUAUUUUGGGAUUCACUUCAUCUUACCCAAAAUACUUAUAAACAAUUUGCAAAUCUGAUUUGGAAUGGUGGGCACAUGUCAGAUUCUCUAGUGGUUGGCCCAUACAAUAUCAAUAAACUAUUUCAGAUUCCUUGA